CGAGCUUCCCUAAAUGAGGCUCCGACGCGCGAAGUUAUAUUUCAUGUUUCCCUUGUAGCUUGGUCCUCUCUUAUAAACAGUAUAUUAAUAGAUGCUCGGAGGCCGGCUAGUUUGUAGUUUGAAUCUGUGUAAGCAAACAUGGUUCAAAUUGGUUCGAACCCCGGUACAAAAAGCAAAAGGUUUGACAGAAUUCGCGCGGCGCUUGAUUUGGCUGGACCUGAUGCCAAGUCAUGUCGUCAUGAACGGUGCUGAAAGAGUAAAAAUGCCGAGGCCUCGGGUAUAUUAUUCUUCCGUGUUCGUUAGAAGGUUCAGUACUGUUUCCUUUUAAUUGUCAUCGAAAAGUUAAAUACCGUCGUCGUGCUGGUAUGUGGAUUUAAGCAAGUGAUUUUCAGCUCCGUAUGACAAUUCACUCGCAGUGGAUUGUGUUGUCUUCGCAAAGUGUCAGAGAGGAGUUAUUACAACGGAUGAAUUUCAUGUUUACUUUACAUUCUAUCAGUUUUCUCGAUGGUGUUCAAAUGUUUCCCAGACGGAUUUUCUCCAGGGUCGGUUGUGACAGUGACAGGUUAUGUUCACUCAGAUCCUGUUAGGUUCGAAAUAAAUCUGCAAUGUGGGCCAGUAGUAUCUCCUGACAUAGUUGGAGACAUUGCACUUCAUUUCAAUCCUCGCUUUGACGAAGACCUACCUGUAAUAGUGAGAAAUACAAAAUCCAAUGGACAAUGGGGGUAUGAAGAAAGAGAUGGAGGAUUCUUUUUCAAGCCUAAUCAGAAUGUCUCCAUCCAAAUUUACUCAGAACGGCGAGGCUAUAAGAUAAUUGUGGAUGAUUUUCCAUUUAUUUACUAUAAGCACAGACAAGAUCUUUCAACAGUGACCCAUUUAUCAAUUAGAGGAGAUAUUGAUGUACAAGAAGUGUGCUAUAAGGCAGCUCCUAUUUUAGAAGAUGAAUUUCAAGUACCAAAGCCACCAGCUACAUCAGCCUUAGCAAGCUUCUCAUUUUCCGUCAACCUCGUAUGUGGGAAAAAUCCAGAAGAGGAUUGUGAUUUUUGUUGUCCCCUGACAGUGGCAUUACACUAUGAUGUUCGCUUCUAUCCUUCCAACUUAAUUGUAAGAAAUACCUUGGUAGAAGGUGAAUGGGGAGAUGAAGAAACAGAUGAAUGUUUUACUUUUACACAAGAUAACGAUUUUACUUUACGUUUUGACUGCAAAGAGGAACAUUUUCAGAUUUAUGUGAACAAACUAUUAACUUCAACAUAUCGACAUAGGAUUAGUCCCCUGAAUAUAUCUUACGUAUAUGUUCAUGGAGGAGUUGGUCUUUACGAUGUGAAUAUGAUGAAUUUGUAACAGGAAUAUCAAGUAACUCUCUGCAACUAACCAGUGCAUAUGUGUGUAAAUGACUAUGAAACCUGAUAAGUAGCCUGUAUAAACCUUUGUAAUUUGCCCAGGUUCCAAAGCUAAAGUACUGAUACUGAUGACAGUGAUUAUAAUGAUCACAGAGAAAUAUUCUUAGGGCUGGAUUCACCAAACAAAGAGUAAAUCAUGUUUACUCGAGAGUAACGUCUUGGAGCGUUUCAUCAACACUACUCGAGUGUAAAUUGCUUACAUUAGAGUAAAUUCGAGAGUAACUUUACACUGCGAAAAUCCAUCAGGUAAAGUACAGAGUAAAUUCAGUUUUCAGUAUGCAUGUAUCUCCGAAGUGUUGUUACAGCUUGACGAUUAUGAAUGAUAGAAUUUCAAGACAAUUCCAGCAAAGAUUCGGAAUAUUAUCCCCUAGUGCGAAGACAAAGGGUGCGAGAGAGAAUGAAUUGAUUUCAAUUAUGACGAUCGAGAUUUUGUCACGAGGUUAUGUUUGACCAAAUCAGCUGUUAACUUCAUCAGAUACAUUGUAGAGAUACUUGUAGAGAACUUGUAAAUUAUUUUUCCACAUGUGGAUACAAAAUAAAGGUAUUACAUACUGUAUACGAUAACAAAAGGAAAAAUAAUAACUACAGGGACUGCAAGUACUAAAAAAUAUUUAUGUAUUUAGUAAAAACUGUAUGUGACGUAGGGGGGAGAUCAUUUGCACAUGUUUUAUUAAAUUCCAGAAUCCCUUUCCAACAUUUUAACUAUAAAUAGGUGAACGUUGAAUACAAUUUUCAAAAAUAAAACAAAUAAUAAUAAUAAUAAUAAUAAUAAUAAUAAUAAUGAUAAUAAUAAUAAUAAUAACAAUGAUAAUAAAAUUUAGAAAAACGUGAGAUCAGCAACAUUUGAAAAACUAAACAUUUUCGUUCCCGAGUUAUAGAAAAUUAAUUUGGAUCACCAUCGGUAAACAAACUGCAAAUUUGAUUUUUCUGCAUUGCUAACAAAAUAGUAACUUAUCUCCAGAUAAGAAAAAUUAAUAUUUAUUAAGAAAUAAAGAUACAAAAACUAAGAAGUAAACUAUGCCAACUCAAAUCACGAUAACACCACACAAUAUAAUAACGCCAAGAACUCUGAAACUGAAAUUAAUGAUAGAAUAUAAGGAAUUAAUCAAAGGUUCACGUUGGUCCCCUUGUUUUCCAGCAUCACUCCCGCUCACAGCCUCUUGAUUCGCUCUCAGAUAUUGCGCGUUCAGUUGAUUCGCAGAGUAAAUUAAAGAGUAUAUACUCUAGAGUAAAAUAACCCUGUACAAGCAUGGUGAAACGCUCAUAUUCUACUUGAGAGUUACUAUCUUAGGGUAAAUGGUUACUCUCGGGUAAUUACUCUCAACUUCACUCGGUUGUAGGUGAAACUGGCCCUUAAUGUUAUAUUGAGUGAUGAAUGGGAGUACUAAUUGCAGUAUUUGCAGCCUAUGUACUUUUUGGAUAAUAUUAUGUAUGAGAGUUUCUUUUAUUGUAUAUUUUCCUCUCAAAAUCAUUGAAAUUUUUAAUGUGCAUUGUUGCAAAAAAUAUUAACACCAGAAAACAUUUUCUGUCAUUUCUUUAUUAUUUUAUAAAAAAUAUGGACUAUAUGGUAGACAUGUCAAAGACUAAUUUUUUAGAGUUAACUGUUUGCCUCAUAUUUGACUUUUGAAACAUUUCUCCGGAUUCCAAUUUGUAUUUCAGAAUUUGGCAGUUUUUCAUGUUAAUUUCAGUCUUUCUUCUUCACUCAAUUACUUAUCAUUUGUGGGUGAUGAAAAUGUCUGUAAUGUUUGGCAAAGGAAAAUAGUAUUAACGAAUCUUAGAGAGGUUCAAUACUGAAAAUGUAUUAUAAUCUUUUAAUAUUUUUAAUGUACAUAUUAUUUUCUUGGGAAUGAACUAACAUUCCUAAAAGUUAAUAAUGAAAGUAAUAUAUCAAUGUAUUUAAAUGCAAUGAUGAGAAGUUUUUAUUUUCAUAUGCUUUUAUUGUAUUGAAAAUGGAAACAUUGUUAUAUUUCUCAGAUUGAGAACCAUGGAAGACAUCUAGAGAAAUUACAAAUACAUCUAGUCAAUUGGUGUGUGCCAUAAAAUGUGUAUUUCACAUCUCUAAUCAUGUCUUAUUGGAUGUGUAGUUUUCUUUGUAAAAAAUAUGUACUGUAGUCUUCUGUUAUUCUAUGAAUAUAAUUUGCUUUUUGUAACAUUCCAUCAUUUUCAUUAUUUGAUCAGUAUUUGUAGCUCCUAAGCUUUAAAAAAGAGCAACAAUCUGUUUUAUGUGUUUACAAGAUGUAUGCAUGUUGUAAUAGACACAAAUUAAUCUUCAGCGUAAUGUUAAGAGAUCCUUAAGAGAUAAGCCUUUUAGUUGCCAUAUUUCAAAGUUUAUUGUAAUGACAUGUAUUUCCAUGCAUAAGGGGCUAUCCAUAAAUUAUGAAAUGCAAAUUUGGAGUGUGUUGAAUACCCCCUCCACCCCUCUUAAUGCAUGUUUGAAACCCCUUCUAAUAAUUACGUAAAGCUUGCAACAAGACAUCCUCCCCUCCAAUUACAAAAAGUAAAAGUCAAUCAACAAAUCAUCCCCCCUCUUUAGUAUUAUGUAAUUUUUGGCGACUCAUAAUUAAUUUUUAAAAAUAUUUUAUUUAUUUAAUAAUUCAAUUUUCAAUUCAUUCUCUUUUCAUUAAGGAUUCAAAACAGUGCUUAAUUUUUUUCUUAGUUUCAAAAAUUGAUUUUAUUUGUAAGUUGAUUAACUACUUAUGAUCAAUAAGAAUAUUUUUAAAGAAUUUUCAUAUGACAAUAUAUUUGCAAUCUGCUGUUGGAAUGUCAAUCAGAUGAGUCAACUGUUAUGAUAUGAUUAUUCCUAUAAUUUACAAAUAUAAUGUUGAGAAUCACUGAAAAAUGAGCUGUUGUGCUGGAUUUAUUAUUAUCAUUAUUUUCCUGGAAAUGGACAAAAUUUAAAAAAAAAAAAAAAAAAUUAUAGAGCCAUAGGGAAUUCUGUCUCUUCCUUAAAAUUAAUUUCAUAAGGAUAUUGUAGUAGGAAAUAUCCUUGGGAUAUUAUACAGCGUUGUGUAAAGUGAUUUUUUAAUACAAAAUUGUCCAAUCAUAGAAUGAUUUUUUCAUUAUAAUGUAAACUCAGGUACACCUUAAUACAAGAUUAAUUCAAAACAGUGUUAAAUAAUUUUAUUUAUUCACACAGGUUAAAUAUUAGCACUUGUUUGAAUAUUAUCAAAUAUCCUAAAAAGACACUUGUAUAUUUUGAUUAUAUUUUUAUAUUUGUUUUAAAUGAAUUUUAGAUAUUAAAGGUCUUGAAACAUUAUUUUAUUGUGACAUAAUGCAUUCAAUUUUUAAGAAUUAUUUUUAUCUAAUCCUCAUAACUGCACUUUGUAAGUGAUCUUAUGAGUAGAUUUUUUUGCAAUUUCUUUUUUACCAUAGUAUUAAAAAUGAGGUUUCCUUGUUAAAUAAAAUUUAAAUUAAAAAAUGACUUUAACAUUUUGAGUUUCUAAAAAAUUGUUUUGAUUCUUGUAGAUAAUCUAAUACUUCAUUCUUUUGCUUCUAGAAUAGUCCUUUGCAUGUGGUAGAUAUGAAAUAAAAAAAGAGAAUUCGAUAUUUUUUAAUGCAGAAAUUAAAUAUUUCCAUUUUUGUUGAUAUUUAUGCACUAACUAUCCCAUGUAACAAUUUUUAAACAUCAGAGUUUGUUAAAAGAAUUGAUUUCUGGAAUCAUUUAAACAGGGAAGUAUACAAUAAAUUUGUUAAUGUUGUUUCAGAGACUGAGUUUAAUGUACAUGUCAAGCAGAGAGUAUGUAUGUAGAGUAUCUACAGUUAACUAUAUUUUUAUUUACUGGUGAAUAAAAAAUCUUAUGCUUUUAUUGUGUUUUGUUUUUGCUAUUAUAUUAUAUAUUUUGAUACUUUCACCACUUAUAUUAAUUUUAAGGGACACUGCUAGGUUUUUACAAAUAGGACAAAUCUAAAUUGUGUGUUAAUUCUUUGCCAUGAGG